GUUAUGGCCACAGCACGCCGAAGACCGUCGGAGGCAAGAUCUUCUGUAUGUUCUACGCUCUCUGUGGCAUCCCAAUGACCCUGGUUAUGUUCCAGAGUAUCGGUGAACGUCUCAAUACCUUCGUCACAUUCAUUCUCAAGCACGUCAAAAAAUGCCUCAAAUUGAAAAAUACUGAGGUCAGCCAGACGAACUUGAUCAUGGUCGGCCUGAACAUGUGCACAAUAGUCCUUACGUCGGGAGCGGCGGCUUUUUCCAUAUACGAAGAUUGGCCGUAUUUAGAUUCCUUUUAUUACUGUUUUAUAACGCUUACGACUAUAGGGUUUGGGGACUUUGUAGCCUUACAGAAGAGCAAGGCGUUGCAAAGUCGCCCAGACUAUGUUGCAUUCAGUUUGAUAUUUAUACUCUCCGGUCUGGCGGUAUUGUCCGCCAACAUGAAUCUCUUAGUGCUGCGAUUUUUGACUCUUAACACAGAGGACGAGAGGCGGGAGGAGUUGGAGGCGGCGGUCGCGGCAAGAGGAGCCGUUCGACUGGAAGGAGACAUUAUUGUUCCCAACGGGAAUGUCAUCCAAGGACAACCCCAGGAAAACCCCGAGUAUAGUGACCUUGCCUCGGUCUGCUCAUGCACGUGUUACAACCUCCGAGCCAGAGCGUCUGAAAAAAAGCACAGACUCUUGUCCCGCUCGCCAGGCGGCGGCAAAGGCGCUCACCACGUGCAGAUGACGUCAAUGAACUCAAACCGAGACCAAGAUCUCCACAGUUGUUCCGACGAUGUGUCUUUACAAUUCCCCUACCAAUACCUCUCCCGGAAAAGAGCGUCCAUAUAAUGACAUUCACCACUGCUAACAGAAUUGUAUCCAACAAAAAGGGCAGUAUUUGGCGUGCGAUAAAAAUGAUAAAAUAUCUCAACGCCGCAAACACACUUGGGUCACCAUUUUAUGUUGGGCCACUACUGUGGAAGACCACCACAUCGCCAAGAGAUCAUCGCAUCUAAUCCAUCCUCUCUCAUUUAUACACAUACCGUAUAUGGCUCUUAACUAACCGAUGCGUUAUACUGUGGUUCACUUCAAACAUACCUCAGGCACAUGCUGUUCAAAUGAGAUUCAUGGUCGUAUGAAACAAAGACGCAUGCGUACCGAGGCUUUUGAAAGUCCACCGAAAGAGGGUGCUGUCGCUGCUACCGGACGCACAACUGGACAGCCGUAGGAUCGAGGUGUGACCAAGGACAGAGGAGUGACCAUGAGUCGAAGCUUAACAAAUGAAGUGCAUGUAUUGCUGAUGUCCAAGCGCAGUGAGCAACGCAAUCAAUUGCCAAGAGCUUGCUUAUCAAACGCAAUCAAUUGCCAAGAGCUUGCUCAACAAACGCAAUCCAUUCAUUCUUGACUUUCACUUAUUGCGAUAGGACCAACGAGAAGGAACAACCCGGAGGUUUGCACAAACUGAAAGAGAGUUUUAAUUUUGAAAUGAUAGUUAUGAUAAAAAAGGAUUACAUAAUCCAGAUGACAUGAUAAUAACAAUGCCAAUGGCAGGAAUUGGAAAUAACCAACCGUCACGAAGGAUUUUUGGUUAAAACCACCGCAUCAAACAGGAUGCAACUUGGUUUAUGGGAUGCUUUCGUCUCUGUAUGGAUUUAAAGGUGCAGUUAUAUUUUAAUUCAUUUUUUUUAGGGGGGGGGGGGGCAGAAAGACGCAUUUGCAUAUACGAGUGGCAAAAAGGGUUGCUGAUUGGUCUAUUUUAUGAGCCGACGAGUUUCCAGAUGUUAUGCCAAUACAAAUGCUGCUGCAUUCUCAAGACUGCUACAUGUAACUUAUUGCGCAUGCUCGAAAAAGAGGAAUUCAGCACACACACAUAAUGCGAUGAGAGACUUGCGUACAUUAACGAUGGGUGCUCUGUCGUUAUUUUUAAUACUGAUACAAUAUCCAAGUUUUGAUGUUGUUGACUUUGAAUGCUAUAGUUGUGUCCUAGCUUGUGACGCUAUCGUACAUGUACAACAAACACACACGUCACAGAACCAAAUUAUAUGUUAUGUUUUUUCCUUGUUAACAAGCGGUGUGCUAAUCUAAUACCACGAGAUAUGAUAUGUCAGAUUCAUAUUUCCUUUUUUCAUAUUUUUUCCUCAUAUUGUAUAAAUGCACUAAUUUUUUUUUUCACGUGGCGUUACCAGCACUUGCAGUUUCUUUAAUAUACCAUUCCUUCAUUUUUAGCUAAGGUACAGAAAAGCUCUUGCAUUUUUUAUUUUCGGAUUUGUGUAAUUUUUUUGGUACUUUUUGAAUAAUUUUUAUGUAGAAUUUAGGCAACCUUCUUAGACUUAAGUUAAUGUUAGUUCUUUCUAACGAGCAUUUUUAAGGAAUACAUUGGUAUUUUGGGGGUCCGCAACCCACGCAUACAUUGUAAUUCGAACCAAGCUAUUUCUUUUUUAAUUUUAGCGAAAUUGACUCAGUUGAUAUCCCAGAGCAAUAUUGCUUCGGGUCAUAUUUGAUUCUGAGUUGGAUAAAGACCGCCAUAAGGCGCAGAGCACUACCCUCAGCACACAUGGUAAACGUGCUAUAGAAUAGCAAUUCCUAAAAGGUACAUUUUCAACAAUGAAGACAUACUAUUUAAUUUAGACAUAGCAGGAAGUAUGCUAUUGAAAAUAUAGACUUACAUGUGUAUAGGCUACAGUAUGUAUGGACGUUUUAUACCAAAAGUUGAAAUGCUCAAACGUUACAGUUUAUCUUUUACGACUAUUUUAAUGUAUACAUAUUUACUUAGACAUGGUUGGGUAUCGUGUUUUUUUUAUUAAGUUUUCUGUAUUUUGUCUUCCUGCGUUGCAGCAUUUGCUUCAUCUUCCACGGCAGAGUGUACGUUUGUAGAGAACAUUCUACAUUGGCUGGUUUGCACAUAAACGUGUUGCAUUAGUCGCACCUACUGCACCUAACUGUCAGAAAUGUACGUGUAAGGCAGACGACAAAAUGACGCACACCUAUAUUUUGUUUAGAUUUCAAAAUAACUUGGAGAGAUGCGUGAGAUGUAAUGGAAUUAGUUUUUAAUUGUCUCUUGAGGAAGGCUAUAGCAGUGCAUAUUAUGCUUUCUAAAUAGACUAAACCUACAUGUACACUCUACGUACGAGUAAUCCUAAACUACGUACGAGUAAAACUAGACUUAAACUGUACGUAAGAGGGAGCUUGUGUCGUUGACCGCUUUACGCGUCCCGGUGUAUGCCGGUGUGAC